AUGACUUGGGUUUCAACCGAGGCCUUUCUCAACGGUAAGAUUUUGAAACCGUUUUUGCCUAAUGAUAAGCAUCCCAAAUUGAAGAACCCGAAUUUGAAGAAUUUGUACCCAGGGGACCAGGUUUUCAUUUUUGAAGUUAAGGACGAUAAAUGGGCGAGAGGUUACGUGUUAGUGAGGCCAAUGCCUCAAGAUUUUCUUGCCACAUCUGCAAAUUUGGAUGAUUUACCAGUUGAACAGUACAUUGUAGUAGUGUUCCCCUUGCGGUAUGUCAAAGUCAUAUCGGAAAUUCCCUUUCCUAAAUCGAAAACCAGUCAAGAGUUUGAUAGUGUUGUUGAUACCCACGGUGUUCCUUCAAUUUACCAGUCAGAGAAUGAUCACAAGGAGGCAGUCGAUGGCACUGACAAAGCAAAGGAUACAAGACAAGCAAUUCCAUCAAUGCCCAAUAAUAAUGCAUCAAACAGUAAUAUUUGCGAGGAAAUCAAGCACACUUUGGAACUUCUUACUUGUCACAUAUUUGCAUUAUAUGCCAUUGGAGAAUUCAAGCUAUAUGACAAAUUAUCAUUUAUUUAUCGAGCCUUACAAGAGACAACGAUUAAACUAACAUUUAACUUGUUAACCGAAGAAGAACAUAAGAUAGCUAUUGAAACAGCCACUUUUUUAUUAAAUGAAAUUUCCAAAAAAUUGGCCUCAAGGAGCUUGCGAAUAAAUACCAGGUCUUUUGAUUUGGAUAACGAUUAUACAGAUGUUUCCGGUUACAAGACUAUUUUGGCUCGUGAUUCAAAUAGUGGUGAACUACUCAACUUGAAAAAUUCUACUCCAUCCUUAGUUGCAUUAAAUAGUGAGCUUGCAGCACUUGUGACAAAUUAUCCUAUAAAUGUGCACAACAAUCCACACCGUUUUACUUUGGAACCACCUCCAAACAAAAAGUUUCAACAUGACCCACCAUCACAUAUCUUGGUUGAUUUCAAGUCUGUUUCCGGCUCGUCAGCUUAUCAACCACCUGGUUAUUCUGGAACUACCGCAUACUUGUAUCUUCGAAAUAAUGACAAAAGAUUAACAGAGGCUUUUGCUAUUCAUACUGAAUCAGUUCACGAGUUGGUCCAUGUCGAGAAAAUAAGUGCUGCUUUGUUCAAAAAUCUUCCAUCGAGCGAGAUUGUAAAUAACAGGGUCUUUCUUGUUGCUGUUCUUACAGAAGAAGUAGAACUCAACUUAAAAUCAACAACGACACAAUUGCCUCUGCUUAAAAAAGUUAAAAAGGGUGUAGCUGCAGGUGUAGCUGAUAUAACGAGAAUUUUCUCUCACAACGAAGGCUCGUUGGUAUCUGGAGAAGCACAUCGUUUUUCAAUCAAAUUGUUUGGGUCUUAUGUGAAUAAGAAAGUUUCAUCAAAGAGAGCAGAAACGGCAGAUGAUAGUAGCGGAUGGGGUGAAGUAGUAGAUAGAAUAAUUUCAGGAUCGGGAUAUGGAAUCGCUGUAAACCCACGAGCUGAAAGAUUGAUUGUUACUGUUAAGGAGUUUAAGCAUCAAUUGAACGAUCAAAAUUCCAACUAUAUUUCGUCGAGUGCUCCAAUUUCAAGAAUCAAGCCAAUUUUCUUUGAUCCUUUGGCUGAAAAUUAUGAGCGAAUUUAUUUAAAAUUAGGUAAAAUAUCAUUGAUCAAUGAGAAGGCCAAGGACGAUUUAUUGACGAUUGAAGUCAGCACGCCAAAUAAUGAACUCAUUACUUUUGCCAAAGCUUCUAACCAACAAGAAAAACGAUUUUGGCAAUUCAUUUCAGUUUUUUCUGGUGAAUCAAUUGGAGAAAUUGCUAAAGUUAACGGUAUUGCUUUGAAAGGAGGAGUCAAGAAGCUGCUAAAUGAUGACCAUAUAAUCUUAUCGUUGUACGUCAAUGGUGUUUUGGCUGGUGAAGGUAAACUUUUGUACAGAUCGGGUAACAGAUUAGUUGAAUUUAACAAGAAAAAACAACACUCCAUUGAAAUCAUGUCAGUUAUCAAUCAUGCACCAAUGGCACAUAUUGAGUUGAGCACCGAGUACGUUGGUAAAAUCUACAAUUCAGAUGUCUCAAUUGAUAAUAUCUUUCAAUAUGAAAGCUUUUUCCAGCAAGGUCCCAAGGGAGUUGAUGAGUUGUCCAACUCGUUAGCGACGUUCUGCAGACUAGAAGUUCGUCAGUUGAUUAAAUAUUUCCCCGAGCUACUUACUUCCCUAUAUGGAAUUAUUGAAACAUCAUUUCGACAUACAGGACCAAGUGUUGAAAUUUUAGAGGAGAACGUAUUCAAGGCAAUUAUUCAUUUGUUGGAUAACAUCUUUGGUAAACAAGAUCAGUAUCUGUAUCUUGUUGAGGAAUUCACAUUUCAAUACAAACGUCUGGAUCAAAUUGGAAUCUACUUAUUGGACAAAUUAAGAGAAGUUUUUAGAAGAUCUGAAGCAGUCUGGAAUUCUCUUUCAAGAUCUGUUUGUCGUGUAAUGUUUAUCUUGAUGAGGUUAGCCAUUGUACCGCCUGUUGGAUCGAAACUUCGUGAGGAUUAUAUCAUAUUGUUAAAUGAUUUAUACAAGUCUAUCACAUUAUUCCUUUCGAUUGAUUCACAACUUUUGAUUGAUGACCAAAUCUUGAUAUUAGACAUUGUAGAUUAUGUCUAUGUUUUCCAAGUGAAUAUGGAGAAUCGCAAAGUUUUACAACUAAUGAUUACUUUCAUUAAUUCAAUUGGUCUUAGAGGUGCAGGCGCUGAUGAAUUGAAUCAGGAUACUACUACAAAAAGAGCAAAUAAGUCUCACAAAGUGAUUAUUAGUAAAAUGUUGUUGAUUUUGAGAUUGUUGCAUACUCCUUUAAUGGACGACGAAGAGAACCGACGUACUUUUAUUGCCAAGUCAAUUCAAUGGGUCAUGGAGAUAUUUGUGGGACUCACCGAUGUCGAAGCUACUAGAUUAGGUUGCAGUAUUAUUAACAGUGUUUGUACAAUAUUGUGGGAAAAAGUUAUUCCAUUGGGAAAUCCUUUAGAUAUAGAAAUGUGUUAUUCGUUAGCCAAGUUCCUACCAACAAUGGCAAGAACGUUUAUCAAGUAUAACAAAUUCAUUAGAGGCAAUGGUCUUUUCAAGUCUAAGCGAGUUUUCACUCAGUUAUUCCCAACAGCGUACCCCUUUAAAACGUUUUCUAUUGAUCAAAAUGCCAAUGACGAAACCUUGGUUGAAAUCUUGAUUGAACUUACUACAUGUUUUGCCUUUAUCGCAAGAAUAGGAAAAGCUACUGCUGGAGACGAGGGUUACGAGAAAAUUUUGAAUACGAAACUUGAAAAUGAUUUCUUUGAUGCUAGUAAAUAUUUGGCUGCAGUGUUUGAAAGCGAAGAUCUUUUAACUGUUCUUUCGGGAAUUAGAUACUUCCGUUUAGGGAAGUAUUUUGCUGAAGAGAGAUGGGUAUCUUUGUUUGCGGUUAUCAUUGAAGGUUGCAUGUGUGCUUUGGAGUUAAUCAGACCGUUGAUUGUUUCCUACCAGUUGCCACUUAUUAAUGAAUCUGAUUUGUUUGACAGGGUAUUGUGGGGAAACUACAUUAAAUCGUUGUUGAAAAUAGCCGUUUUGCCACCAGUUGCUGUUGAACAUUUAUCUAGAGCACCAAGAAGAGCUUGUGUUGAUAUCACUAGAGAUAUCAGGGAUAGAGCUGCUGUUCUUCUUAACGAAGCUUGGGACUCGUUAUCGUGGGAAGCAACUGAAGAAGAUAUGAUUAGAUUCAACCUUGAUAAAUUCGGUGGUUACCAAGUAGAAUUCAUAAACGAUGAGUUUGGAAUCUUGCCUGAGUUGAUGAUGUUUGGAUUGCAAAGAAAUUAUCAAUGUCAAGGCGUUGCAGUUAAGAUUCUUUGGUCACUUUUAAUAGCGGAAUAUAUACUCAAUGAUAGCUUAGAGGAAGUUGAAAAGGAGUGCCUAAUUGGGCUAUUUGAAAUUUUCCAAAAAUUUUCAUAUAAACCAUCAAAAGAAGACCAAGAUAAUUUUAUCAAAAGAAUGAAACUUACAAUUAGGAUAGAUCGUGAAGAUGUUGCAUUUGGUGUUUUUUAUGGAUUCAUUCAGAAUCUUUCUACUUUUUUCGCAACAUUGAACUAUUACAUCAGUGUUCCUGUUGGUCCAGAAUUUGAUGAGGAUAGGAUGUUCCAUCAGAUCAAAUUGAGAGCACAGAUCAAAGCAGCAGGUAAACCAGAGUAUUUCAAUGCAUUUGUCAGUUCCAUGUAUGAUGAUCAUGUGCGUAAGGAAGAUUUUGUUCAAGCGGCAUUGAGUUUGGAGUUGUUGGCAUCAACCUAUGUAUGGAGUCACCAUAAAGUGGUCCCUGCAAGUUUUAGACUAAAAUUUCCUCAACAAUCGUCAUUUGAUAGGAAGGAAAUAUUGUACAAGAUGAUAGCUUCUAAUUUUAUCAAGGGUAAUAGUCUUGAGAAGGCAGCAGACACAUUCAAUGAAUUAUUGGAUGCAUACAAUGAGCAUACUUAUGACUUGAAGAGUUUUGCGCUUGUUCAUAGCAAGUUGGCUCAACUUUAUUUGGAUUUAGAGUCGUCUGACAAAUUAGAGCCAUCUUAUUUCAGAGUUGAAGCAAUUGGAACAGGGUUCCCUAUGUAUAUGAGAAUGAUAUCACAAAUAUACCAAGGUUUACCAUAUGAACAUAUCACAUCUAUUCAUGAAAGAUUGCUAAAGAUGUUCCCAGGAGCAAUCAUAGUGAAUGAAGAUGCUGAAGCACAAAAAUUAAAGGAAGAGGAACCAACGGGAAGAUAUUUGCAUAUCAAAGCUGUUGAGCCAAUGUGGGAGUUUUCAGAUAAAUUAUUCAAUGCCUCACUAGGUGUUCGUCAAUAUGCUAGGAACAAGGACUUGAAAUGUUUUUCUAGUUUAAAAAGAAUACCCGGCUCGACCUCUGUGUUUGAUCUUUGGACAGAGCAAACAACAUAUGAGACCUGGUUGUCGUUUCCAACAUUGUUCAACAGAAGUUUCAUCAAAGACGCCAAGACUAUUAGAUUAUCACCCUUGGAUAAUGCCAUUCGAACAAUCAGUAGGAAAAACGAUGAUCUCAUUUUGCUUGAGAGUUUGAUCAACGCUGACAUUAAGGACAAAAACGAUUAUUCCAACCACUUUAAUGAUUUAUCAAGACAAUUAAGCGGAACUGUUGACUCUCCAGUCAAUGGAGGUGUGGGGCAGUAUCGAUUAUUUUUUACGGAUCCAAAGUAUUUGGAAAGCGAGGAGGAUAGUAAAAAGGCGAUGUUGUUGAAUAAAGCAUUUAAUGAGUUAGCCAUCAUAUUGAAUCGUUGUUUGGUUUUACAUGGUAAAUUGAUUGCACCAAGUAUGAAGAUGGCACAUGAGGCAUUGUUAGAUUUAUUCCAAAGCAAUUUCAAGGCCGAGAUUGACUUUUUGCAAUUAGGUAGGAAAAAUGAACCAAUGAUUCCGGCAUCAAAAGUAAGCAUAUUCCAAGAAAAAAGAUCAGGUAUUUCUUCAUCCAGCGAAAGAAGUUCUUUUGUUCAGAAUUCCUCGACUUAUGCACCAUCUAUGGGCUCUUCUUUGAGAGCCGGUAACGAUCGCUUAAACAGGACGAUCACUAAAUCGUCUAUGCAUUCAGGUAUGUCUGGAUCUGGAAGCAGAUCUGGUACAAUAUCUGAAUAUGCUGGUGGUGGGCAUUCAACCACGAGUGGUUUUGUUAGCACCACCGCAGGCUAUUCUCAGUUUUCAGGAUUAGCCAGCAGAAGCGUUGCUACUAAUGGAAUGUCAAUGCACGUUAGUAUCAGCAGUAGCAGCGGGCAACAACAAAACAAAACUAGUAUUAGUAGCAAGAAAAAGGUCACCGCGCUUAACGCUUCAGCAUAUAUUCAAAGUAUAAAAAUAAGAGAGAUAAAACUUUAUAGGAUGUUCAGAUUCAGUUCCAAACAUAUUGCACGUGUGGCUAGAUUGCCAGUACAAAGGGUAUCGUUGGCACAGCCAAUUCGUUUUUACGUAUCUCCACCAAUCACAAGGGACGAAGUAGUCAACCGUGCUUUUGAAGCAUUAAAGACAGUUGCCGCAUUACAGGAAUCCAAACUUUCGUUGGAAAGUUCCUUUCAAAAGGAUUUGGGAUUAGACUCAUUAGAUACCGUUGAAGCCUUAGUUGCUUUAGAGGAAGAAUUUGAUUUGGAAAUCCCGGACAAAAUUGCCGAUGAGAUCAAAACCGUUGGCGAAGCUGUUGACUAUAUACUCAAAGAAGAGCAGAAGGAAUAA